CGAUUCCAUUUCCACCACCUCUCCGGCGCGGGGCGGGGCGGACCGGAGCGGGCGAGGCGGCCAGGGUUUCCCACGCCCCACCGCCGCCGCCGCCGCAUUCCGUCCACCGCAUGGCGCUCGUGCCCAGCGGCGGCGACCAGGCCGCGGCCUGCAAGGCCACCAUCCCCUGGUCCGAGAUGUUCCGCUCCGCCUCCGUCCGCCGCCCCAAGCAGGCGGAGGACCCGCCCAAGCCCGCGCCCACGCCGCCGGGGAAGAAGGCGGCGCCACCGACGGCCGAGGCCGAGGGGCUGUCCCUCGAGCCGGACGCGCGCCUGGCGCUCUACAUCGCCAUGGCGCACGCGGGGCUCGCCACGGCGCUGCUCGUGCUCUACGGCCUCUACCUGCUGCUCGCCGACUUCCUCCGCCCGCUGCAGUGGGCGCUGCUCUGCUCCGUUCCGCUCCGCGAGACGCAGCACGCGCUCGUCGCCUUCUGGGAGCCGCCGCUCCGCGGCGGGUUCAGCGCCACCGUGCUCGCGCUCCCGCUCGCCGCGCUGCGCUCCUGCGCAGCCACCCUCGCCGACGCGCGCGCCGCGCUGCUGCGCCGCCCGCUGCCGCCGUCGCCGUCCUUCCCGCGCCUGCUGCGCUGGCUCGUCUCAUCCUUCUUCUUCCUUCUCCUGCUCGAGCGCCUCGGCACCACCGCCGCUCUCGUCCUCCUCGCCGUCUCCCUCGCCUUCUACGCCGCCUCUCCCAAGCCCUCCUCUUUCAUCCCCCGUGCCGCCUCCUCCCGCAUCUCCGGUCGAACACCCUCAUCCCGCGGACUCCUCCUCACCGGCGGCAUCCUCCGCCACCUCAGGACCCUCGUCGCCGUCGGCCUCAUGCUUGGCAUGAUUGCUGGCUUCCUAGGAGGCAGCGUCUUCUUUUCCUACAAGAUCGGACUCGAGGGCAAGGACGCCGUCAUGUCCCUCAAGUCCCAUGUCGAAAAUGGCAACUACUCUGAAAAGAUUGGCCUCAAGAAGUUGCUUGACGACAAUGACAUCCCGGGCUUGGUGGAGCAGUACUCGGGGAAGCUCGUCGAAACCGUCUGGGAGCAGGUAGACCAAUUGGCUGUACAAUACAACCUUACUGAUUUCACUAGUGGAUUCAAGCACUUCUUGAUCACCCAAUCAGUCCCAUCUGGUGCCAAGAGCAAGGAGCUCAUCACCUCUGGACCGCACCCCUACUCGCUAAAGCUGCAGGCCAUUACGCUGCGUGUGAAGAAGAGGGAGUGGCUGGAGAUCUACAAGGAGCUGGACUCAUUCUUCAGGGAGCUGUUAAUCACAAGGGAGGAUCUAGUGGUCAAGGCCAAGGACCUGGCUUUGCAGGGCACAGAGAUUGCAAAGAGUCUGCUGUCUAGCGGCACCUCUGUGCUCGGUGGUAGCGCCAGUUUGAUGCUAUCCAUUGCUCUCCGCAUUCUCUCCGGUGCAGCAGAGGUGCUCAAUUUUGUGUCACAGCUGAUGGUCUUUAUGUGGGUGCUGUACUACCUCAUCACCGUUGAGGGUGGUGGUGCAACAGAGCAGGUCAUUGACCUAUUGCCAGUGUCCAAACAAGUGAAGGAGCGGUGCGUCGAGGUCAUAGACCAUGCCAUUAGCAGUGUCUUGUUAGCCACUGCCAAGAUUGCUAUAUUCCAAGGAUGCCUGACAUGGCUGUUGCUCAAGUUCUUCAAGGUGCAUUUUGUGUACACAGCAACUGUGUUUACAAUCAUCAGUGCACUUUUCCCAAUACUACCAGCAUGGCUGUCCUCGAUAUUUGCCGCAGCGCAGCUGCUGACGGAAGGGAGAUAUGUACUCGCGGUUAUGGUAACAGUGAUACACCUUGUGAUCAUGGAUUAUGGAACCACAGUCAUUCAGGAGGAUAUACCUGGGUACAAUGGGUAUCUGACUGGCCUAAGCAUAAUUGGUGGCAUGACGUUAUUUCCCAAUGCUCUCGAGGGUGCAAUACUGGGCCCCCUUAUUAUGACGGUUGUGAUAGCAUUGAAGAACCUGUACACAGAGUUUGUGCUUGCUGAUACAGAGGAGAUGAGUAGCUAGCGUUGGAUGGAAGGCAACAUGUAUGAGGAGAAUGCAUGCGUAGGACCUAUACUCUGCAUUUCCAUGUUGGCUUUUCCUUUGUACCAUACCCGGGUAUACAAGAUACUGCAUCAGCUGUGAUUCGUUCCUCCUUGUAAUUUUGCCCUCUUUGUGGUGCAACUUAAUGUCUAUCGGGUUUUCCGAUAGGUCUGGUUUUGAUAUGCAUGGGAUUGGCCCUCUGUUUGAUUGA